AAGGAUCAAGUCCAUCCCAUCAGCUUCUAAGCCAGCGAAGAGGGGCGUGGCUUCUGGGCGAACUUAUCUUGAGGAAGCUGAGUGGCGGCGGCGUGGCUUAUGUCUUUGACUCAGAAUAUGACCGAUAGUCUCACAUCCUGAGUCACUCCGUGUUACCUGAGGAGCGGAAAGGAGGAAUAGAUAACAAUGUACGAGUGGAAAAAUUCGACCGGCCGGCUCUCGACGCCUACAGUGCAGACGCCUGCGAAACUGGGGGCCACUGCUGAGGGUCCAGGCAUCAUCUACCCAUCUGGCACAACCUUCCCCAAGGAGGCUCCGAGAGGCAGAGGCAACUUCAGUGAGGUGCCAGGGUUCCUCGCCCAGAAGAUGCAGAUGUUCCAGAAGGCGAACAGCGUGCCGGUCCACCUGAAGGGCGGCCCCCUCGACAAGGUGCUGUUCGGCGCCACCCUCGUCAUGUGCACCGUCGGCCUCACCGGCUGCCUCAGCUUCUUCUACGACAUGAGUUUCCCCAAGAAGAGCGAAGACUGAAUGCCCUGCCGGAGUCCGAAGGGCGCAGAGGCCGAGGGAC